CAUGCACCUCUCGCCAAGAUCCAAGAGAAACCCAGCGACGAUCUGUUCGACGAUCUAUUGUGGCCUCCAAUCCUUCGAUCGAUGCAAGCAUUGUUGAACCAUGAGCGACCAUGCCCAAGUAGUAGACGACGAUGAUCCACUACCAUUGUCCGCCCUGAAGCAUCGACUGUCCGAGAAAACGUACCAAUGGCUGGAGGCGGCUGAGUUUCCCACAGAAGACGACGAAGGACUCCAUUUUGUGGGUUUCUCGUUGUCGUCUGCCAAUGAUGAUGAAGACGAAGAACAGUGGACCCGCGUCCAAGAUUGGUGCAGCAGUGCGUCCACUCCCGAUGGCGUUGGUGGUUAUUAUAAUCAAGAAGAGCUGGGUGCUCCAAAAGAUGGAGGCAUCAAGGUGCAGUACAUUUUGUCGUCGGCCAGUGGCGGCCACGGGGACGAUCUGUGGGCGGCCUCACGGCAUGUCGCCAACUUGCUCGCCGACAAGGACCAGUGUCGCAAGCUGUUGGGCGCCUCACAAACAGAGGGACAUCCACUGGCAGGACGCUCCUUUUUGGAAUUGGGAGCGGGUGGUGGAGUCCCCAGUUGGACGGCUCAGUGGUGUGGCGCCAGAGUGGUAGUCUGCACCGAUCAAAGCAUUCCCGAUCGGAUACGGUGUCUGGCCGAAUGUGCCGAACGUAAUGGACGUCGCAUCCAACAGCAACAGCUUCCAAAACAAAAGGAAACGGCCCGGGUGGCUCCGUAUGACUGGGGGAGUUCCAUUGAUGAAGUUGUUUCCUUUCUUACUCCAGAGGAAAAUUCCAAAACAAUGGACAACAAUCGAUCAUUAUUUGAUGUGAUUGUGGCCGCUGAUUGUAUCUACAUGCCAGAGCUCCACACCAAAUUGAUCGAUUCCCUACGGCGGCUGUUGCAUCCACAACGAGGCGUCGCGUUGUUGCCGUUUGCCCUUCAUGGCAACACGGACGACACGCGAGUGUGGACUAUCAUCGAGACGGCCCAAGAAUUUGGAUUCAAAGUGGAGAAUCUAGGAUCCGUACAACUCACGCCCCAAGCCGACGGAAUGGAUGCCAAGAGAGCACUGGUACACAUGCUGCGUCUGACGGUACAGCAACAGCAGCGGUCGUGAUGACACGCACCAAAGUGGCAGGCGAUGGAACGAUUUAAAAUCCGUUGUCAAAAGUGGCAGGACUGGAAUGGAACCAAGUCGAAUGAUUCGUGGUAACGCUCAGUUCGACAUUACGUGCAUACUUCCGAUUACCUACUUUGUUAAAUGGUUCAAGGCGACGAUGUGGACAUCAUCUUCCUCAAAGGUCAAUUAAUAGAUUGAGUUUGUUUCAUGGUCCCGAAGAACCCGCAUUCCUAAUUGUACAAGCCAGUGCCUUGACUGGCAAUGAAGUAAGGGAAUCCUGGCGAAUUGCUACUCCUCUCAUGACUAGUUGCAAGGACAAUCACACCCGCACAAUUGGGCCGAGCAGUCAAACUUUGCAACAGGAACAACACCCUCCAGCUUGUGCGCGCACAGUGCCUCGGGUAUUGUUCCAUUGAUGCCGGUCCCUGUGACCUUGAAAUCAGUCAGGUUUGCAAGCUGUCCCAAUGUGCUUGGCACUGGUCCCAAGAUACCUUCAUUUCCAUAAACAAUUAUCCGCUGUAGUUUCGUCAAGUGCCCCCAUUCGGCUGCAAUAGUCCCUGUAAAACCCUGGUUAUCAAGAUGAAUAGCACCCAAGCUUGAGCAGUUGGCAAAUGAAGGCAAUGGGCCUUCCAUCUUGUUCCAUCCCAGCAUGACAACUUGCAGGUUGGGCCAACUUUGGCAGAUCACAUCUGGAGAAAAGAAUGUCCCAGUCAGGUCAUUGCGGUCAGCCAAAAGGUUCACCAGGUUGGACAUUUGAAGCAGUUCUGUUGGGAGUGUUCCGUGGAGCUGAUUGUUCAGAACACUCAACCCUAUGACGUUUGUCAGCAAGCCAAGAUCACUGGGCAAUGUUCCAGUGAGUUGAUUGUCUGUUAGGCUAAUGGUUUGGAGCUGUCGCAGCCUGCCAAUGGUGGUUGGAAUGGGUCCCUGAAUGUGUUGGUUUCGAUAAAGAUUGAUACUUUGUAAACCAGUCAAAAGACCAACCUCUUCAGGUACCCUCCCUGCAAGACCAUUUUGCCGCAGGUCCAGGUAUUGAAACAUAUUUUCGUCAUUGCAAGCUGUUUGGAAUCGAAAGGGGGUGUAGGUAAACCAGAAGCAUUCAGAUGUGUCGUAAGAAAGCCAUUUUUCUGAUGGGACA